AUGCUCUCCUUUGACAGCGCCGACGACCGCAUCGCCGCAUAUUUGCGACGGCGCGCGGCAAUGGCCCACGCCAGCGACGACGAGGCUCAGGAUGAAAAGCUCACGCCGUCCGAGAUGGAGAUGCUCAUGCUCAACAACGUCGACGAUCGCAUCACCGCUUACGAGACGCACCGAAUGAUCGCGGCGAAUGUCGGCAAGACCACGGCAACCGAGACGACCAUCGACACCGACCACACCAAGUCGGUUGUCGACACCACGGGUCAAGGUGCUGUUGACCAAGAUCUACCACCGACACCGACGUACGACGGUCCUCGCGAUGUCUUUUGCCAAGAAAUUCCUUGCGUCUCGGUGUGGGAGCGCAAGAGCAUCGAGGGGACGGUGUACGACCUCUCGCGGUCCAACGGACGUCGCGGCACGACGUUUACGCUUGUCGCUUCGUGGCACAUCGAUGUGAAACACACAAAUCCCCGAAAUGUGACAAUUGGGCUCAACGACGAGCAGUCGGCGCUGUCGUUUCGCGUGCGGUUCCCGAUGACGUGCAGCGACGUCCGUUGGCUAUCGCUCCGAUAUGUGAUCGCGUUCGAAUCCGUGUCGCUGAGCGCCUUUACCGAUUACUUGCAAAACAGGAAACCCUUACCAGGUUGGUUGCAGGGCGCUCUCGCGCUCAAGUACCUCAUUCAACUGACUUAUCUCACGAUGCUUCUCAUGGCGAGCGCGUUCAAUAUCUGGUCCCUUUGGCUGCGCUUCAAUUCGAUCACCGAGUUCGGAAUCAUUCUGCCGCAGAAAGGGCGCAUGGCGAUUGCGCUCACGGACGGCGAGAAUCUCCACGCAUGGUAUACGUUGCGAAACGGCGUCCGCGCCGCCACUGCGUUUCUAACGGAAUGGACAACGGCAUUUGUCCGAGGCGCGCUACUCCAGUUUGCUUGCACGGCGACGGGUAUUCUCGUGUACUGUAUCGCUGGCGCAGCGCCACUGCCCACGUAUUUUUUGCUCUUGAUCGGUCUCUUUGGGUCGCUCUCAACGCUGACGAUGCUCGUGCCGUUGGCCGCAGCGCUCGACAUUCAGCACAAGCACGGGCCGAUGCUGCGAAAGCAACUUCUCGAGCUCGACUUUGCACGCCGAAAGGCGCUGUUGCAAGGCGAUGCAUCGGGAUUUGACGAGCGCAUUGCGAUGUUCGAGUCCAUCAUUGACGCGAUCGAGAACCACGACGACCGUCUGACGUAUUUUGGAAUUGAGAUUUCUCUGGCACGGCUCGCGACGCUCGGGGCGACGCUGCUCUCGCUCCUUUCGUUUGUGGCAUUCCGAGCGGUGCCAAUCACGUGGUCGACCCUCAACACCGCCAACAUUUUGAUGAGUCCAGAUGUGUACCAAGACGCGUUGAAUCCACUUAAGAACACACCUCAAACCAGACGCUAAAUGUAUUCAUAGUCAUCAUGCAGCCUGGUGUUCUUGAGCAAUUCGAGCUGUCGCAUGAUCUUUUA